AUGAAGGAAUUAAUUGAGCAAAAUAGGAAAUUAAAUGCAAUAAUAGAAAAACAAAGGUAUGAUUCUCAUGACCAACAUCUACAACGAGAACGAGAACAGCAACAAAUAUUUGAAGAGGAAGAACGACAACGGCAAUUAAUGGAACUACACCAAAGACGAAAACUACUAAAAAGAGCACAACGAGAACGAGAAGAACUAGAACGAGAACAGCAAAAACAAGAACAACAGGAACGACAACAACAAGAACGAGAACGACGAGAACAAGAGCAGCGAGACCAACAACAGCGAAACCGAGAACAACGAGAACGAGAACGGCGAGAACGAGAACGACGAGAACGAGGGAACCAAAUCGAUGACGAAGAAGACGACUUAAUUGAUCAAGUCUACAUCGGAAGGCAGAUAUUUAUUUCUAUCCUUGCAUAUACCGAGGCUUUUAGAGAGUAUAGGCCCUCGAAAUUUAUAACUAUAAUGUCCCAUGCGAUAUGGGGAUAUGAAAAUUUAGCCCUCCGAGCUGUCAAAGUAGGCAAAAGAAAUGCAAGAAAAUUACCAUUGACACCAGCGAAGAAGCUAGUGUUGGAAAAAGCAAUACAAGAAAUUUUUAAAACAAAGAAAUUUAUCCGCCGACAUGGAGACCGUGGAGCGGAAUAGAAUCAAUACAUAUUUGGGACGAUCCAUUACUAGUGCGAUAAAAAGUAGCUAAUCCUGACUA